AUGGCAGAAUACCUUCUUUCAGUUGGUGUAGAUGUUAGUAUCAAAGAUCAUUUCGAUUCAACUCCACUACAUUUUGCAGCAUAUAAGAAUAAUACCAAAAUGGUUGAAUUUCUUAUAUCGCAUGGGGCAAACAUUAAAGCAGUCGAUAAUCAUAAAAGAACUCCUCUCCAUUCUGCAGGGGAAACGCUGAGCAUAGAAUCUGCAGAAAUUCUGCUUUCGCACGGGUUAGAUAUAAAUGCGCAAGAUGAUGUCGGAUAUACAAUUCUUAAUUACUCGACAGAGAGUAACAGCGAAAAAUUGGCAGAAUUUGCUAUUAAACAUGGUGCAGAUAUUAAUAUCAGAUCUAAACAAGGAACAACGCCUCUUAUGGAUGCUGCAAAUAGAAAUUGUUUUCAGAUUGCUCAGAUUCUAAUUGCAUGUGGUGCCGAUAUUAAUGCUAAAGAUAAAGAAGGAGCUACAGCUCUUCAUUAUGCAACACUUAAACGCAGAUAUGCUAUUAAAAAUCUACUUAUUCAGAAUGGUGCAGAUGUCAACGCAAAGGAUUGCCGAAACAAUAAACCUUCUGACUUUGAAAAAAUGCCAAAUGAUUUUAAACCAGAUUUUAAUGGUUUUCAGAGAUGCAGAAUUUAG